GAGACAAGAAUGCGGUCUUUACCAGGCGAGAAAAGCUCAGAAAGACCACCGAACUCCGUGGAACCCCAAUUUUGAACGAAUCGUUCAGUUUCGAAAGGCUUCGAUUCUCUUUCGCUCUCUCUCUCUUCAAGAUUUAUCAGAGUAAGCAACUCGGUGAAGAAAAGAGACGCAAGUACAAUCACAACGUACGGAUCGAAAUGGAUAUGUACACGCACGGCCUUUCCCCUUUGGACUAUGACCUCGAUUUCUCCGAUCCUAUCUUUCAACCCUUCUCUCAUCGCCGGUCUUAUUCCUCUUCCAAUUCCACGACUAACCGUUACGACGACGACGACGAUCAUCUGGACACCAACAAGGGCGAUUCGGGUAACCGCUUGAUGCCCAAUCGCAGCCCUCCCAAGCACCGCCACGACGGCAAGUCGCCGCUUCCUUUAGGCAUGGAUUGGAGCCCCCCUCCUCGCAAAUGGGAUGGCCGUGACACUGUCUGGCCACUUGAUUUCCAUACUGGUUGGAGUUACUGCAUCUCAAUUCCCUCUUGGAUUUUCCUCUCCAAAUCAAGAGGUUCAGAUCCUGUGGUGUUUUACAGGAUUCAAGUUGGUAUACAAUCGCCAGAAGGGAUCACCACUAUUCGAGGGAUAUUAAGAAGAUUUAACGAUUUUUUAAAGCUUUAUUCUGAAGUCAAAAAGGCAUUUCCUUCAAAAUAUCUGCCUCCAGCUCCUCCAAAGAAGAUGUUGAAAAUAAAAAGCCGAACUCUGUUGGAAGAGAGAAGGUGUUUCUUGGAGGAUUGGAUGGAGAAACUAUUGUCAGACAUUGAUGUAUCAAGGAGUGCUCUGGUGGCGACCUUUCUUGAGCUAGAAGCCGCUGCGAGGUCUUCAUUCUAUGAUGAGAACCAGCAAACACCAGAUGUUAAUUCUUCAACCAGUGGUGUGGUUCCAUUAUCUCUGUUCCAUUCCAACUCAGAUGUUUCUGCGCUUGCUGGUAGUUCAUUCAUUGUAUCAGACCAUGGUAAUGAUACACCUUAUGAAAUAUCUGAGGUUGGAACACCAACGCAUGAAAAUUCUAGUCAUGCGGAUCUUGGCCUGGAGAGUUCCAUAUCUGAACAAGACAUAAUCGAUCCAGUCGAUGGGACUGUCAAGUAUGGCAUGUUUAACAGAAAGUUUAUUCAGCAGAGCCUCCAAAGAUUUUCAAGGCGUAGAAGGCAGAUGGGAAAUGAGGGCAAUAAUAUAGGCAGGGAUGAAGUAUAUGAGAAUACGUCUAAUGCCAAAACUCUCCGCAUGGACGGAACGGAGUUUGUUUCCGAACUAGGGGAUUGCAAGCUGGAUGGUCAUGUUCGUAGACUCUCAACAGAGAGUGUUGGAAGUGACUUGAGUUCUGCAAGAGCCAGUGAAAUAUUGAAUAUAGGGGCAGCCAAUUUGUUUGGUGAUUACCUUGACCCUUCUGAAGGUCCUGAAGCUCUGAGAAACAUGGAUUCUUUUGCAAAUCAAGAUUCACAGCUUCCAAGGCACGUACUGGUUGCUCUUCCAUCUGAUGAACGCCAUAAACUGAACAGGGUACUUGUAACAAUGCAGCGGAGACUAGCCACAGCAAAAGCUGACCUGGAGGACCUUAUAGCAAGAUUGAAUCAAGAAGUUGCUGUUAGACAAUUCCUCACGACAAAGGUCAAAGAUUUGGAAGGGGAACUUGAAACUACUAGACAGAAUUGUAAAGAUAACAUGGAGCAGGCUGUUUUGACUGAAAGGGAAAGAUUUACACAAAUGCAGUGGGAUAUGGAGGAGCUUCGUGGGAAGUGCUUGGAGAUGGAACUAAAAUUGAAGUCUGAACAGGAUGAAAGAAUUCGUGCAGAGUCAACAAAAAUAGCAAUCAUUCAGGAGAACAAAAUGCUGCUGCAGGAGUUAGAUGUAGGUAGAGAACAGCUUGAAGACUUGAAGAAACAUCAAGAAGAAUUUGAGGUGAAAUCAAAGGCAGAUGUAAAGCUGCUCGUUAAAGAGGUCAAAUCCCUUCGAAGUUCUCAGUUAGAAUUGAAGCAGGAGCUCAGCCGAUUAAUGAAAGAAAAACUAGAAGUAGAGAGGAGUCUUCAAAGGGAAAAGCAAAGAACAGACAACGCAAAUACUGCCAAUGCAAAGUUGCUGCAUGAGUGUGGAAUUCUUCGUGAAAGGCUUCGGGAGUGUAGUGUUAAUUUUCUGGUUGAAGAGGAAGAUAAAUUAACUGUGGACACUUCAUCACCAUCUGAUGCAAUAGAUCUGUUGACAACAUCCGACAAUAGAAUUGGUCUCCUGCUUGCAGAGGCACAGCUCCUUGCACAGGAUGUAGAAAAUGCAGUUGCAGCAGUGGAUGAGACUAGUCGUGCAAAUGGCAGUAAUAUAAGGACAAAAGAUGAUGAGUUGAGGAAGAUGUUGACUGAUGUAUUUGUGGACAAUGCAAGAUUAAGGAUACAGGUCAACUCAGUUCUCCGUUGUGCUUUAGCAAAUGCUACAACUGAGAAAGAUGAUGAGGAAGAAGAGGAAGUUCCUUCGAGGAAAACUGUUCUAAGCAAGUUCUUAGAACGAUGACAUGGUCGAUCUUGUAGAUUAAUACUUGUAUGCAUGGCAAAUGGUAUCAUCCCUCUAAAAGCAAUAGAAACCCAUUGAAUUUUGUAGUUCCGUAAAUAUAUGGGUGUUCUGCACCUAAAUCACAUUGCUGUAUCUUAUUGUUUUGUCAAAUAAAUUAUUUUAAGAA